GCAACGGUAAAGGGGGGCUCACGGCCAGAGUGAAGGAGAGGAGAGGUACCCGGACUAAUCACAUGACCGCUCCUCAUCUUAUUAUCUCUGUGUUUGGAUAUACUUCGUGUCUUCUUCGGACCCAGGGCGAUUCUAGACCAGCGAGCCAACAACAAACCGGUGUUCUCCUUUUGAUUUGCGGUUCAAUUGAACGGGAAUCGACAUGUCAGACGUAGUUCCCCCAGAAGUGAGACCAAAACCAGCCGUCCCUGCCAAGCCCCCGAAUGUGGGGGCUCCUUCGCCCUCCAGCCCCUUCCCACCCCAGGGCCCGGGGGUUGGAGGAGGUGUUUCGACGCUUCCUCCGAGCUCUAUCCCAGUGCCCAUCGGGGUUCAAGGCCCGAGGGAUGUUAGCAGUCACAGUGUGAGUCACGGUGUGGGUCACGGUGUGGGUCACGGAGUGGGUCAUGGUGUGGGCCACGGGACAGGCCAUAGCGGGGCUCACACUGCAGCACACAACGGAGGUCACGCUCAUGGCGGCUCCCACAGCACAAGCGGUGGAUCUACACUCCUGGGUUACAUUGGCAUUGACACGAUCAUUGAGCAGAUGAGGAAGAAGACCAUGAAGACUGGCUUCGACUUUAAUAUCAUGGUUGUUGGUCACAGCGGUCUCGGGAAGUCCACUCUGGUGAACACUCUCUUCAAGUCCCAGGUGAGCAGGAAGAGCGCAGGAUGGGCCCGUGAUGAGAAGAUCCCCAAAACGGUGGAUAUCAAAGCAGUGUCUCAUGUUCUUGAGGAAGGUGGUGUGAAAAUGAAGCUGACAAUUGUGGACACUCCGGGGUUUGGAGAUCAAAUCAAUAACGACAACUGCUGGGAGCCCAUUUCUAAGUACAUCAAUGAGCAAUAUGAGAAGUUCCUGAAGGAGGAGGUCAACAUCACCAGGAAAAAGCGCAUCCCUGACACCAGAGUGCACUGCUGCCUUUACUUCAUCUCCCCAACUGGACACGCUCUCCGACAGCUGGAUGUCGAGUUCAUGAAGCGCCUGAGUCACUCGGUCAACAUUAUUCCUGUCAUUUCAAAGGCAGACACUAUGACCAUUGAGGAGAGACAGGAGUUCAAACAGCGGGUGAGGAAGGAGCUGGAGAUGGGUGGGAUCGAGUUUUAUCCUCAGAAAGAGUUUGAUGAAGACAUGGAGGACAAGAGUGACAACGAUAAGAUCCGAGAGACCAUGCCCUUUGCUGUGGUGGGCAGCGACAAAGAGUAUCAGGUGAACGGAAAACGAGUUCUUGGGAGGAAGACAGCCUGGGGAAUUGUAGAAGUUGAAAAUCCAAACCAUUGUGAGUUUGCUCAGCUGAGGGAUUUCCUAAUCAGAUCUCACCUUCAGGAUCUGAAGGAGGUCACUCAUAAUAUUCAUUAUGAGACGUACCGGGCCAAGAGACUCAACGAGAAUGGAGGUCUGCACCCCAUAACCUCCAAUGACACCCAAGAAAGCAACCUGUAGUCAGCCAGUCAGUCAGGGGACUAGUUCAGACAGAGAGGGAAAAUAAAGCAGUGCAAUGAAGCUGAUUGAUGAGUCUACAGAGUAUUUUACUUAUCGUCACCACGGCAUCGCUGCAUGCUUGGAAAACUUCUGUAAAAAUUGGUGUAAUUUAAUCAAUUUGUUUCUCAACUCCACCCAUCACCUUCUACACUUCCCUUCCCAUAUCAUCCCUCAAACACAUAUCAAACCCCUCACGCAUCAUAUCUAAAUCAUUCCAUUUCAUUAUUUUCAUAUCUAUAAAAUUAUGAAAUGAAAAGUCACUCCCACCCUGAGACUUAGUGCCAUUAAAAAAAACAUUUUAUCUACUGCCAAUGCCUUUUAUUUAUCACCCCACAGGUAGUACAAGCAUAGAAAGUGCCAUGUUAUUAUUUAAAACAGAAACUCAUGUCUGAUGUCAGACUAAUGAGAUCAUUUGAUCCAAAUAUUAAAAUGAUCAUUCCUGAGUUGUAAUGAUAAUUUAGUCAGCUCUGCAGGUGAUUGUAAAAAAUUUUAUUCUUUUUUUAACUCUGCACAGCAAAUUUUAAUUAGAAGAAAAAAAUCCAUGUGGCUUUACUUUAAUGAAGGCUACACAAUUAUUGCAAACUGUGCUGUCAUCUAUCAUUCCCACCCUCACCAAAGAAAACAAAUGAAAAUUCUCCAAUGUGCCCUCACCCUGUUUUUUCUUUUGUUUUUGAUUUUCUGUAAAAAUAUAACCGCACUGAUCUGACUACUAAAAUGAGACAAAGCUGCAUGAUCAGUGACAUGUAAAAUUCAGUUCUCUGAGCAGCAUGUAGUUAAUUGGUCCACAAAAUGCAUGACAGUGCAUAAGGCCGAGUCUAUGAUUCACUGCAGCAGUGCACGCAAGGUGAACAUUUUGGGAGGAUUCAGCUCAGCAUACUUUGGGUCACAGCAGUGGGUACAGAGGAAAGAGAUGUGUUCUUGUGCACAUUGAAAUAGCUCCAUUUGCUUUUGUAAUCAUACAGGAAGACAAUUACAAAACAGAUCAGCUGUUAUAUAAAGCAUUUUGAAGUGGAGUUAGUUUACUUUGUAUGUAUUAUCAAAGCUUAGUGGAUAACAUGCAACAAACUUUUUUUCAGAAGCCAGCUGCAUUUAAAUGAACCUGUAUCAGCAGCAUGUCCAAAACUAUCAAACUUUAUUAACAAGCUUUUCAACUUUGAUUUUUAGUUUCAAUCUUUGAAGACCACUCACCUUUCCUCAAGGUUUUUCUUUUUAAUUUGUUGGCCUUUUCCCUUUUUUGCUGUAUCAGCUGUUAAUUACAAAGAGAAUAUUUUCUGAUCCAAAAGACAUUGGACCACUGGUGUGUUCUGUUUACUGUGGAGAAGACUGACAUUUGUCAUUGUUGUAAGACUUAGGACAUGCAAAGUUUAAAUGAAAACCCCACACUUUAUUAUUAGGCCGACAGUUUCUGUGUUAACACUAUUUUAAGAUUCAAUUAUCCCUCUUUGCCACCAGGUGGCAGCAAUGUGCCAUGUAAAAGCAAUGACUCAAUAGACGGAGAAACGGGCACUUUCCCUGUGGCUGUGUGUCCUCAGUUAAUCAGCUGAGAUUUUAAGCAAAAUUUAUAUCAAUCAUUUUCUAUUUGAAGUUUACAAUUAGAGUCCUCAACUGUAGUCAGUGAUAUCUAAUAUAUCCCUACAUAUCAUAUAGUAAUAUUUCUACAAUGGUAUGCACUCAAGUGUUGGUGUAAUUAUUAUUAUUUCUUAGUUGUAAACAUGUUUACCAAGUAUUCUUCAGGAAAAUAACAUGUAUACUGUCUGCAGAAGGGGACGAUCUUGCCAAAACUAAUGAAUUCAAUCUCAAGUUAAAUUUUUUUGUUGUGUUAUCAGCAUUUUACACAUACAUAAACAUUUGUGUGAUUUUGAUAUGAAGAGAGUCUGUAACAAACUGACAAUAGUUGUCUGUGAUCUUAGUGCAGCCAGAUGUUGAAUUUAAAGAAGUGUUUAUCUGUGCAUGCGUAUGUCCAUUUAGCCUGUUUGCUCACAGCCAAUCAGGUCACACAUUACUGCAACUGUUUGAAUGUGAGAUGUGUACAUUUAAUUUGUAUAUCAUGAGGUAAAGCACUGCUGUCUCUAAUCCUGUAACAAAUCUGACAGUGAAAUACCAACUUAUCAAACACAAUGAGAUAUGAUUUUAAGUGCUACACUGGGUUGUUUAUACAUUGUCAUGUUAUUGUAAUUUAUUCUUUAUUUAAUAAAAGCACAUUCCCAUGUU